GCCGCGCUUCAGCCGCUUUGCCCUUUCCCCUCCCCUUCCGCGCAGUGCGACGACAGGGGGAGGAAAUCCUAGGGUUCCGGCGGGGAGAGGGGGGGACAGAAGAAGGAGGCGGCUGCCGGUGGCGUGCGGGGGCGGCGAACGACGGCGAGGCGCUGAAGCUAUUUUGCAGGCUGCAUAGUCAAGGGGGAGGGGGUCGCUACUACAAUCGCUCUCGCAAGACCACGGGUUGCCGCGUGGGGAGGGCAGGAAAAGGCCAGACACGACGGGCGGGGAGCGGAGGCUGCCGGACCUGCUAGCCCGCCGGACCAACUCCCUGCAACACUAAUUAGUCAGAUCCUUUGUUCGCCAAGCGAUUUGAAAAGAUGAAGCCUAUGGUGAGGUCCAACAGUGGCGGCGGCAGCGACCGAAGGUUAGUUUCGCGAUCAUAUCUCAAAAUUGGUGAUCGAUUUUUUUGGCUUAUUUCUCAGGUUACAAAUGAGCCAAUCUAUCUAUUGCGAGGACAUUGCUUUAAAUAAAUGGGUUGGCUAGCGUGGAGGAAGACUAAGUGUGGCAAGAACUCCAACAUGCCCAAGCAGCCUCCCAGUGCCUUCUUUUUGUUUCUAGAGGAUUUUAGUCUGGAGUACAAGUUGGAACACCCGAACGUCAAGGUGUCCUCAGUGAUCAACAAAGCAGGUGGUGAUCGAUGGCGAGCUAUGUCUGAUGCAGAUAAGGCGUCGUAUUGCGUCAUGGCUGAGCACCGUAGAGCAGAGUACGCCAAGGCGAUGGAAGCGUACAAUAACCCAGGGGAACCCGGCCAGCAUGAGGUGGCCCACAAGGUGGAGCCGGCUGAUGUGAUGUACAACCAAGGGGAAGUCGGCCAGCGUGAGGUGGUGGAGCAUGACGCGCUGGCGCCAUCGACGACCACGAGGUCGAGCCUGCGGAUGAGAUGUCGAAUGGUGCCAACCUCAAGCCAUGGAACACUGGCGAUGACCUAGCACAAGUUGAGUCGUUGGUCAUCUCCAUCACCGUCAGUGGCCAAAAGAUGUCGUCAAGUCGCCUUCGCUCUCUCGGUUUCCCUGCUUGCCUGCAGCCCAGCAAGCAUGGGGGCAUGGGGCAAUGUUGAGCAGUCUCAUGAUCUUAGGCUUUGCUUUAUGUGCUGGUUUGUAUCUCUCCUGGCGCUAGAUAUUUUCUCAUAGUGGAUCCUUAUGCUAAGGUUCUUUUGCUCGUUGAUGUUUACAGUAGAAAUAGAUUUAGUACGUAGGAACAUUUUUUGUGUUGCUCUAGCCAGUGAAACUGAGGGACUGGUGUUCCUUUAGACGAGGAACAUUUUUUGUGUUGCUCUAGCCAGUGAAACUGAGGGACUGGUGUUCCUUUAGACGA